GUUAGAUAAGCGGGUGUGUAGGAGGGGUGUACCUCCCGAGGGUGGUUAAGAAACUGGCUGAGGUUGUGAAAAAGUUAUGGGUGAAGUCUUUGCUUGCUUGUAACUUGCGGCAGCUGCCUCACAACAAGUGGAUAUUGUAGACGGGCAGGGGUGUGUGGUGGUAGGAGUGGUCGGGCAGAGACUGGGAUAGAGACUAUGGAGCAGACGGGGACCGACUCAGCAGGUGAGGUCGUAUAUGGGAGUGCGAAGGAAAUGUGGAGGAUGGAAGCAGGGGAAGAUGACAAGGGACACACUGUCGAUGAAGCGAAGAAGAAGGAGUGGUAUGGCAAGGGUAUCGAUUACUGGCAGAGUGUAGAUGCCACCGUCGAUGGGGUUUUGGGCGGCUACGGCAACGUGAGUGCAAAGGACGUGGCGGAGAGCGGCACCUUCCUGAAGGAAGUCUUUGGUGGCCGGCUUGCGGAUGGCGCUGUGGGAAGGCGCCAUCUUGUCGCCCUUGAUUGUGGAGCAGGUGUUGGAAGGGUUACCCAGCACUUCCUCUUGCAGCACUUUCAUGAGGUGGACUUGAUGGAGCCUGUUGAAAACUUUCUGAAUGCAGCGCGCAACAAUCUGGCUGCAUUUCGAGGUGAACCAGGCCAGGCGCCGGACAUCAGAAGGCAUUGCGCUGUGAACUUCUUUUGCCAGUCCAUGGAGCACUUCUCGCCACAGCCCAAUCGGUACGAUGUCAUAUGGAUCCAAUGGUGUAGCGGACACUUGACGGACACCGAUUUUGUGGAGUUCUUCAAGCGAUGCCAAACCGGGCUUAAAUCUGAUGGCGGCCUUUUGAUUUUGAAGGAAAACAAUGCCAAGUCAGGAUUCGUGGUAGAUAAAGAAGACAGCAGCGUCACUAGGUCCAAUGACUACAUCUGCGAGCUUAUCGGCCAAGCUGGCCUGCAGAUCCUCAAAGUCAAGCUUCAGAAGGGGUUCCCGAAGGAGUUGUUUGCAGUACGGAUGUAUGCGGUUGGCCAAUUUGUAGGAUGUACUGUUGAGCUGGGAGGAGGAAGCAAUGGUAAGGUUGCUGCGUCUGCAUUUGCCCUGUGCAUCCUGACGGCGGGAUUUCUCGUGUGUUAUUCUCCACCGUACAGAAUGGCGAAAGCCAAACGCAAGCAGAAGAGCAUCCCGCAAAACACUCCGUCUUUCACUGGUUCCUCCUCUCCUCACUCCUCUCAGCCGACUAGCGACCUCCUCAAGUCGCCCUCCUCUUCCACUGCUGAGGGUCCCAGCUUUAGUUACACCCUCUCGGGCUGGAUGGAUGGCGUGCCGACAACUGUCACCCUGAGCUCGCUCGAUCGAUGGGCGGCGCAGGCAGCUACUCGCGUCACCCUUGACUUCAAUGGGAAGCAGAAAAUACUUAUCUCUCAGGACCCUCACUCUCCUCACCUAGGCGGAUACAUAUGGGACAGCGCGGCUCUGCUCUGUCUGUACCUGCAAGCAUACGCUGAGCUCGGGCGUCUGCCGCUGCACGAUUUGUUGAUACUUGAACUGGGAGCAGGUGUGGUGGCUUUACCGAGCAUCUUGUGCGCCAAACUUGGUGCUCGGCGGGUCAUAGCAACUGAUAUUCCGGAGCUCGUAGACGGCAUCUUGGAGAAUAUCCAGAUGAACCGCUUGAGCGAGGAUGUUAUAACUGCUCGCCCCCUUGUAUGGGGCGAUACAGAGGCAAUGAAUGCCAUCGUAAAGGAUCUCCGUCCGAACGUUAUCCUCGCCUCCGACUGUAUUUAUUCCGAAGCUUCGGCGAAAGCUCUGGUGCAGACCAUGGAUCAAGUCUGCACUUCAAUGGUUUGUGAGCAAGGCAUCAGUCCAGCUAUAUACUGCAUUUCGGAGGUUCGCAAUGCGGCGGCGCAACUGGAAUUUCAGCAAGAAGCUAGCAAACGAUUCGACCUUGAGAUCGUACCGGGCCCUGAUGAUGUGCGCGGCGGCGGCAAGGAGGGCUGGUGGAGAUGGGUCCCUCCACAGUGCCAAGUGGACCAUGUCAAUUUCUACACAAUGUCACUGAAAAUGUAAUCUUAUCGGAGUCUAUCCAAUUGUUACAAUGGCAGAAGAUUUUUCCAGCCAAAAAAAAAAACAAAAAAAAAACAAAAAGAACAAGGGUUCAGUCACUUCAGUGGGCUUGCUCGGUGUGUGUUGUUGGGAUGUUGACAUGUGGGAAUAUGAUUGGGGGUGUCCGGACUAGGAUGAUGGGAACGGAAAGGUUGGUGUAAAAUAAUAGUUGAUAAGUCCUGUUUUUUUUUUUGAAAUAACUGCGCAGGUGACCGACCGGUCCGAAUUGGCAGGAAGGAAUAACAGAAACAGGGCACUGCGGUUCUGUCUGGGCCGAGGGAGGGCAGUUAUUAGAAACUGGAGAGCAGUUUUAGUUAUUAGAAACUGCAAAAACAGAUUCUGAAGAAUCUGAACAGUUACAGCUUUUUUUGUUUGUGUCUAGCCGUUGGAAGUUCGGAAGUGGCAAAAUCAGGCGGCCACCUUUUUUUUUUUUUUUUUUUUUUUUCCCGCGCCUACAACCGUGGCUGGGCCAUGGCCGAGAUGUCUUGGCCACGCCCAUGGCUGGGCAGGGCCGAGAUGUCUAGGCCACGCCCGUGGCUGGGCCACGGCCGGGAUGUCUAGGCCAUGCCCGUGCUGGGCCACGGCCGAGAUGCCUAGGACACACCCCUGGGGAAACGAACCAUCACAAAGGGUCCUAUCGAGAACACAGAUUUGAUUGAUCAUUCACACGAAGUCCAUCCAGGUCGCAGUUGCCAAGCCUCUGCCGGCUUGCUUACAGUC